AUGCAAUUUCCGUAAUCAGACAAGGAUUGCCAAUCAGAGCUACCUUCGAGCUUAAAAACUGCUGACUUCAAAAAGAGAAAACCCAUUGAUUCAGAUACGAAAACUAACUUGAUACUUAGUGUAGUCAAAGAUCAUUUGCCAAUAUAUUAGGCAGCGAUUAUACAUAAAGUUAAAUAUUCAUCAGCUAAACACAUUUUAAGAAAUUACUACAGUGAUACUGCUAAUUACUUUUCUCUUCAAAAAAAGAGAAGAAGAAAGAUACUUUGCUGUGGUGUCUCCGCUUUAAUAGAAAUUAACAGUGGAAACAUUGCUUUAACUUACCAAGGGGGUUCUACAAUCCCCUUUAUUAAAAAUGGAGUUAAUGCACAAAUCAAAUAAAAGGUAAUUGAUCAUUUGAGUGUUUCAAUACACAAAAAUAUAUGUAACUUGAAUUUCAAGAGGUUAAAUAAGAAAGCGAGAAUAGACCCAAUUAAACACUUGAAUAGUAUAGAAAAAAUAGAAAACAAAGUUAAAUUUCUCAUCUAGACACUUGAAAAAUAACAUCAAGAAAUGAUAUAAUGA